GACGUUUCAUCGUCGUGCUUCUCUGCAUUAUCCCCUCAUCCACUCUGCCAUCUGCAUACACACCCCUCACCAGCCGCGAUGUUAUAUUAUCCGUAGUCCGUUCAUGAUCAAUCCCUUUUGUCGUGUUAUUAGUGUCCGGUAAAAUGAUAAAAGAAGAAAUUCACAAGUACUGUAAGAUAUGUAAGGUGUGGUUGACUUGACGCCAAGUCAGACGUAGCCGCACUGGUUUUGGUUUCGACGAUCAUAUUGAUCCUUGUCAUCAGAUGCCCAACAUCCAUGCUCUUCGCUUCGCUAUGUCACAAGCAAGGGCUACGUUUCUUGGCUUAUUUUCUCUAGUCUCGGUCGUUAUUUUAUACCUAUCAGCGUUAGAUGUUCAGAAUAAUCUAUCCCCACAAGGAUGUCGUAUGUCGAGGAUGUCGCCGUCAUACAUCCUGCAGACAGGGUUCAACGCGUCGUGGACAUCACUGGCCAACCGUUAUAGUCUUUGGCUGUAUCGAGAAGUAGGAUGGGAAUCCAAUGCGGUACAUGGUAAUCAACCUGUUUUGUUCAUUCCAGGAAAUGCUGGGUCGUCACGUCAAGUCAGAUCUAUAUCCUCAUCGGCUGUUCGACAGUUCUAUUCUUCCCCUCAUCGGUUGUCACCAGAAUUUGAAGGCACAUCCCUCAAACCGCUGGAUUUUUUUGCUGUUGAAUUCAAUGAGGACUUGUCUGCCUUCCAUGGGCCCACUAUGGAAUCUGAGACUGCGUACACAGCUAACGCUAUUGCUUACAUUCUGUCAAUGUACCCCCCAAAAACGUCAAUCAUAAUUCUGGGUCACUCCAUGGGGGGCAUCAUUGCGACGUCUCUUCUGCCUUCAGACAAAAUCUCAGCUAUCAUAACCAUGUCGACACCUCAUCUCCUUCCUCCGGCGCGCUUUGACCAGCGUAUCGAUCGAAUAUACGACCGCAACAGGGUCGUACUGCAGAGUGACCCGACACCAAUAUUGUCCAUAUGUGGGGGUGCGACGGACAUGAUGAUACCCUCGGAGUCAUGCAUUUUGGAGAGGAGGGAUGCACCUUUUAGACGCACCGUGUUCUCAUCUGCUCUCGAGGGAAUGUGGACCGGGGUUGGGCACCGUGAGAUGGUGUGGUGCCACCAGGUCCGAUGGCGAGUAGCUAGAGCUGCCUUGGAGCUUGGUGAUGUCGCGUCUGUGGAGAGACGUGGGGCUGUCUUGGAUAGGUGGUUACGGGAUGGGAGCUGGUUUCCACCAGUUGAUGCUCCGCGUCAGCUGUUAGAGCGCGAUUCGUAUAAGAUUCUCUCUGAGAAUGAACGGCUCGUGCUUGAUAGGCCGCGGAGUCGAGAGGCGUAUCUCCUGCCCGUUUCCGGUGAUUCCUCAGCGAAAUUGACGCUAUAUGUGUCGCAGGGAUCUGUGUUGUCCAUCUCUCCGCAGUAUCCAGGUCCGCUGGACGUGUCGGUUUUGGUGUGCCAGGCCACAGUGGAUGAGGCCUUCGAAUGCGAGUCGCUUGAGCCUUCAGUGUUGAAGCUGCUACCCAAUCCUAUUCCGGGGAUGCCAUUUCCUGUUCCCCACGAAGGGUCUGAUGAAUCCGAAGGCGUGGUCCUCUUUGAGGCAGAUUUAUCAUUUAUUCGUAAAGACCAUCAAACAUGGGUGGGCGUUAGACUCGAUCGGGCUGACGGAUUUGGUUGGGUCAUUGCACAAGUGGCCCCCGAUACCGUUAUGGUCAGCGAUAUCAAAACCACAAGUCUACUGGCGGGGGGUGUGUCAACUCAUCUACCUGAUACCAGGGCUCUGCGUAUAUCUGUGCAUUUUGAUGACCUAUUGUCAAAUGCGCUCAUUGUUUAUCGUGUGUCGCCACGUAUAUCUACCCCAGGCACUGAAUGCAAAGAAAAUCACCUAUCGCCCUUACUGGUUCAUAGGUCCCACCCUGCGGAGACACACUACUUCCCCUUGAGGUUGGCGCCUCGACGCGACAUCCUCCUUCAUACGCACAGUCCGGCACCUUACAUAGAUACCGCCGCGUCGGGCCGUGGCGUUUACCUUGAUCUACUGUCUUCUGGUGGCGAUGAUUGCAGGGCGGACGUAAUAAAAUUGGAGAUUGCAUGGACAGCCACGGUCGGUCGUUGGGCAUCACGUUACUUCACCACUAUCAUUUCUUGGGCCAUCGGCAUUGUGUCGCUGAUCAUGUUAGAGCUAUGGAGGAUCUCUGAUGAAGGGGUGGUACUUACACCGAUGGUAUCACAGUCGCUCGAUUUCUUUUGCCGACGAAGACUUCCCGCCUUGCUGUUGGGAUCAUUUGUGUUCUCCAUCGUCCCGCUUCCCGCGAAUUAUUUUUUGGGUACUAAAGGGGAACUAUGUUUCUCGUCGCUAGCACCGUUGUUUAUGGCCAUUGCAUACGGCCUUGUCGUCAUCAGCUACUGGUUUCUAUUGGCUUUGCUGUGGCCGCUCAGGUUGCUCUCUAAACUUUCGCUUGGAAGGUGGGCUUCUCGACGUCGAGAUACUCGUUCAGGGACGCUAAUACUGAAUGACGUCAGAUCUCAUCGGGAAGUCAUCAGUUUCAGCAGAGCAACAGCCAUUUCGAUGUCGCUUAUCCUUCUCUUUGUCUUCCUUGUCAUUCCGUGGCAAGUUGCCUUUCUCGGGUGUUGGUUUGUUCACGCCGUUACUUGUGCUUCAAGUCCCCGCAAAGGGGGUGAUUUGUUCAAAUCACCGUCGAAUUCGGUGAUCAUUUCACUGAUGGAAUCGCAUCCCCAUCCAAACGGCGAAGAGCGUAAUGUUCCUAUGGAGUCUGUCGAUCAAUCAACCCUCCAAAUCGCGAAUAAUUACAACCACAAUAUGCACCUACUGCUACUCAUGACAUGGCUUAUACCUCUCGCUGCCCCGGUCCUGGUGGUCUGGAUACGGACACUUGCGACUGCGGGGUUCACAACACCUUUUGAUGGAGACCAUUUUGUUCUGAAUGUAGCACCGUUCCUCUUUCUUGUAGACUUUGCAUCCAGAACGACUGGUCCUCUAUUUGAGAAAACACGUCUCGAAAGGAUAGUAUCUGUCCGAUGGUCGCUUCUGGUAGUUACCGUGGUGGCGUUUGUAUACGGUCCGAAACAGGCCUACCUGGUAUUCGAUGCGACAAAGUUUGCCGUUGGGUUGAUGGUGGUCUUCAGAAUCGGUACGAGAUACUGGGAUGGAUCUUUUUCUGGCGCAAAUACUAGACGUACUACACGGCAAUAAAGGCUGUUUCUCAGCGAACGAUCGCGGAGUUGGAAUACUUUCAUCACGUGGCCGGGUAGAUCGAUCUCAAUUGAUCGGUUCCGGGCUAGAAUACACCUCCGCCCUGAUGCCACGCCUCGACAAAUUUUAAAUCUGCGUGAGAUACAAGAACAUUGCAAGCGAUCGGGCAUAUUAC